CUUGCUUCAUCUCACAAGUUUUUGUUUUCGUAACUUUGUGCUGGCCCAGUUUUACGCUUUAUUUUCCUUAUUAGCACACGCACAAUAACUUAAACUUCAGUUUUUAUCUCACACUACACACAAAAUGUGCUACGUGAUCAUCACAGGGCGUAGUUUGGCUUGGCUCCUGCUGAGUUUGGUAGCAUUUAUGCUAAUUCUUUCCGGCAUAAUGACUCCCAAGUGGUUGUUAGGGCAGCCUAUGGUGCAAAAUAGGGACAAUAUUACUGGAUUCUACGUGCCUAGCGUGGGGAUAUACAAUAGGUGCUUGCGUAUAAAGGACAGCCGCGAUGACUGUGGCUCUUUCUCCUUCUAUGGCUUUGCCACUGAUCCGAGCCGCUACCCUACCCCGUGGAAAGCAGCAUUAUUCUUCCUCUCUUUAUGCGCAGCCAUACAAUUCUCGACGGUGCUGGCCGGUGUCAUGGCGUGCUGCGUUCAGUCUGUGUUCAAGAAGAGCGUUAUAUCACUGGCUGGUGCCACUCAAGCUUUGGGAGGAUUAUUCGGAGUGCUAGGCCUCCUGUUGUACCCCUGGGGUUGGGGAACCCAGCGCGUCCGACAGCUUUGCGGCGAAAACUCGGAGCCAUACAUACCAGGAGACUGUUCUAUUGGUUGGUCCCUCUACGUGUCGGCUCUGGGCGUGGCGCAGGUGUUUCUCGCGAGCGCGCUGUCCCGCGCCGCCGACCGCGCCGCGCGGGCCGACAAGGUGCAGUUCCAGAUCGACGAGGGGAAACAACUCAUCUGCCUGGCCUGA